ACGUGGAAUUGCGAACUCCACUUGAAUCACUCACCUCCGUCCACCAUGGAAGGAACUAUCAGAACCUUCCAUCGAAUCCUCUCCCUGCUUGGCAUUUCCAUUUUUGCCAAAGAAGAAUGGAACUCCAAAAAAUGGCUGGCGCUGCAAAUAUUCACAUUCAUAAACGGCUUUAUAACUUCCAUCCUCACCAGCAUUUUUGUGAUUGCUAAUGUAUCAGACCUCUUCUUGUUCAUCCAAGGAGCCUGUAUUUGGACGACGUCAGUGAUUAUGUCAAUAUCUCUGGGUGUAUGUUUAUUAUUUAGGAAAGCUUUCCGAAAUUUUCUCGAUGAGAUGGUCUUUGAAGAUGCUGUCUUAGAGAUACCGUUAAUUAAAUUAGUGGUGAUGGCAGAAGGGGGUGAAAAAAUGGCAGAAUUGAAAACCUUAGUGCUGGAAAGCCAGGAGAAGUUGUUGAAGUAUACGAAGAUCUUAUUGAAGACGUAUAUGGCUAUCGUUUGGUUGUGUGCUAUUUUGUAUAUCUGUACGCCUGUUUAUCUCAUGAUCACGACUGAUGACAAAUCUUUACGGCUUUUAGCAUUUGACAUGUGGUUUCCGUGGAGUUUGGACAACUUCAAGGUCUACAUCGCCUCGUUUGUAUUCGACGCGUACGGCGCCAGCCUGUGCUGCAUUUCAUAUCCCGGAUUCCAAUCUACCAUCAUCCUCCUGGUGGGACAGGUUAUCCGUCAGCUUCGCAUCCUCACCUUCAUUCUGCUGAAUCUCAACGAGUUAGUCAUUGAGCUGGUUGGCAACAAGAAUCCAUCAUGGCAGACGCAUUGCACAUCAGUUUUGGUACAGUGCGUCAAACAUUAUAUUAAACUUAAAAGAUUCAGUAACCGCCUGAACUAUAUCUGCCGACCAUUUUAUCUGACGCUCAUAUUAGUAUCUACUAUGUUGGUUUGCAUGUGUUCUGUUAAAAUUGCUACUUCUGAAAAAUUAUCUCCGGACACUACAAAAUAUUACGUGCACGAAUUCUGUUUCAUACAAGUGGUGCUCAUGUUUUGUCUUCUAGGUCAGCAUGUUGAGAAUGAGUGUGAAAAGCUAGAAGUCGCCGUAUUGGAGCAGUGGCAUAUCUUCAACAAACCACACCAGACAAACGUACGCAUAUUCCAUACAGCCGUGAGUCAGCGCAUGCCUAUUUACAUUUUCGGAACUAUCCCGCUGUCACUGCCGACAUUUACUUGGUUCAUGAAGACCGGGUCAUCUUUUUUCACACUAGUGAUGUCUGUAUUAGAAGAAGAAAAUGCAUAGAUAAUUCAUUUAAAGGCUUUGUAUUAGCGACUAUAUCACCUUGCAAAGAUAUUAGAUGGAGUUAAAUAAAAAAUAUAUAAGUAGAUCCAUAAA